CAUUGAAAUUGGCAAAAUACUGGUAAUAUUUGAGUGUGUUCUCUGUUGAGGAUGUGUUAACUUAUAUUCACUUAGAAAAUCAACAGAGCAUAGCGUUUGACCAGGGGUGUUUAUAUAAACACCUUUAGUAAUUCUGGCCACAGACUCUUCCUUUGGCUAUAAGAUUCUUUGGCUUUGUAGGCUGAGUGGCCAGUGCUGUUUGUGGGUAUCACGAAGAAAGAAACCGGGCACUUUCUUUAGCAGUUUCGAUUGUUGUUGGCUCAGUUUGUCAAAUGAGGGCUCUCAGUUCCUCCUUUAAACUCUAAACUCAUCUGACAACAGUCUGUGUGUGUGUGUGUGUGUGUGUGUGUGUUUGUGUACGCGCGCGCGUGUGUGUGUGUGUGUUUUUGUGUGUGUGUUUGUGUGCAUGAGAGAGCGAGUGUUUUAGCCACUGAAUGGUUCAUUGUUUGUUCAUGUGUUUGUUUUCGACGUCCUGGGAAUCGUGCGUUUGUUUGUUCUUGUCCUCUGACUGGUGUCUCCCAGCGUGCUUGGUCAGCAUAUGUGCAUGUGUGUAUGAGCCUGUUUGCAUUAUAUGUUUUAAGAGAUCGGAUAAGAACUCACUGUCUGACAUCCGUGACGUGGACGCCGGUGUUUUAUUUAUUAUUGUUGCUGCUGAGCUGUUUCUAUGAGGAAGCAGAUACUGUUACAAAGAGCACCUUCACUCUGCUGCUGAUCCACUAAAAUACCUCAAGUCGGACGAUGUCGCUGGCUGGGCCGAGGCAGGGUUCAGGUACUCAGACCUUUUAGAACAGCAUGGUUGAAUGAAUGGACCUGGGAUUUAAACAGAAGCUUGUUGCACAGUGUGUGAUGUGCAGCAGACGCUGCCGCUGUGUACAGACAGAGACCAGACGGACGUGGUGGGGGACCUGAGUGUGCGUCUGGAUGGCAUGCAGGUCGACCCGGACAUGUUCGCCUCCGCUGAAGCCAAUAACCAGAGCCUGUCAAACGGAGACUCACAAAAUAAUGAGGAAAUCAGUAUGAGGAGGAGUAGAGAAGGUUCCCCGACGGUGACGGAUGCUCAGGAGCGACUCUCCACCCCUAACGGACGAGCUGUGAAUGGAACAGGGUCUCCCUCAGCAUCAGUGAGGGGGUCACGACCCUUAAGGCCCCCAAGACCCUCUAGACCCCCACCGCCUACCCCACGCAGACCAGUCUCAAUGCCAGCAUGCACUUCUAAUGGUUCAGUCCCUGAUGGCGGUGACUUGGCACAUGCAGAGACACCAGUGCGGAACCCUAAUGCCACUACAGCAGCGGCUGUCGACUCCACCCCAGCAGUCAACCACGAACAGCCCGCGCAGCCAGCCCUCGCAGUCACGCCCGCACCCAGCAGGAUGCCCGUCGCCACAGGCCCGCUACCACCAGGGUGGGAGCAGCGAGUGGACCAGAGUGGCCGCAUGUAUUUUGUGGACCACGUGGAGAAGCGGACAACGUGGGAAAGACCAGAGCCUCUGCCUCCAGGGUGGGAGCGGAGAGUGGACCCUUUGGGUCGUGUUUAUUUCGUGGAUCACAUCACCAGAACCACCACGUGGCAGCGGCCCACCAUGGAGACGGUGCGUAACUACGAGCAGUGGCAGCACCAGCGCAGUCAACUGGAGGGGGCCAUGCACCAGUUCAACCGCCGCUUCCUGUUAGGGGAUCAGGCCGCUGCAGCUGCUGUUCAGAAUAAGGAGUUUGACCCAAUGGGCCCACUGCCGCUUGGAUGGGAGAAGAGAACAGAUGCCAAUGGCAGAGUAUAUUUUGUGCACCACCCUACUCGCUCCACUCAGUGGGAGGACCCUCGCACUCAAGGGCUGCUGAAUGAGAAGCCGUUGCCGGAGGGCUGGGAGAUGAGGUUCACUGUGGACGGAAUCCCGUACUUUGUGGAUCACAACAGAAGAACCACCACCUACAUUGACCCGCGAACAGGAAAAUCAUCACUUGAAAAUGGCCCUCAGAUCACUUAUGUGCGAGACUUCAAAGCCAAAGUACAUUACUUCAGAUUCUGGUGUCAGCAAUUAGCUUUGCCGCAGCACAUCAAGAUCACAGUUAGCCGUAAAACACUGUUUGAGGACUCCUUCCAGCAGAUAAUGAGCUUUAGUGCCCAAGACCUUCGCCGCAGACUGUGGAUCAUCUUCCCUGGGGAGGAGGGACUAGACUACGGUGGCGUAGCAAGGGAGUGGUUCUUCCUGCUGUCCCAUGAGGUGCUAAAUCCCAUGUACUGCCUGUUUGAGUAUGCGGGAAAGGAUAACUACUGCCUGCAGAUCAAUCCAGCCUCGUACAUCAACCCAGACCAUCUCAAAUACUUCAAAUUCAUCGGCCGCUUCAUUGCUAUGGCCUUGUUCCAUGGGAAGUUCAUUGAUACUGGCUUCUCGCUGCCUUUCUAUAAGCGCAUCCUCAACAAACCUUUGGCCCUUAAAGACCUGGAGUCCAUCGACCCAGAGUUCUACAACUCUCUGAUCUGGAUCAAGGAGAACAACAUUGAGGAGUGUGGUCUGGAGAUGUUUUUCUCUGUGGAUAAGGACAUCCUGGGGGAGAUCACCACUCAUGACCUGAAACCAGAUGGAGGCAACAUUCAGGUGACGGAGGAGAACAAGGAGGAGUAUAUCAGGCUGGUGGCUGAGUGGAGGCUGUUGCGCGGUGUGGAGGAGCAGACGCAGGCCUUCUUUGAGGGCUUCAACGAGGUCCUGCCUCAGCAGUACCUGCAGUACUUUGAUGCCAAAGAGCUUGAGGUGUUGCUGUGUGGAAUGCAGGAGAUUGAUCUGGCUGACUGGCAGAGAAACACCAUCUACAGACACUACGCUCGGAACAGCAAGCAAAUCGUCUGGUUCUGGCAGUUGGUGAAGGAGAUGGACAAUGAGAAGCGCAUGCGCCUGCUGCAGUUCGUCACCGGGACGUGCCGUCUGCCCGUGGGGGGCUUUGCUGACCUCAUGGGGAGCAAUGGGCCACAGAAGUUCUGCAUUGAGAAAACCGGGAAGGAGAACUGGCUGCCCAGGAGCCACACCUGUUUUAACCGACUGGAUCUGCCACCUUAUAAAAGCUACGAGCAGCUGAAGGAGAAGCUGCUGUUUGCUAUCGAGGAGACGGAGGGCUUCGGGCAGGAGUGACGUGCUGAACCGCGGUUGGAUGGACAGGCAGCGAGAAAUGCCUUAUGGAAGAUUACGCAUAUAUACAUACACACUGGAUAUGAUGCCACGAUGCAGCACUUUGUGUGUGUGUGUGUGUGUGUGUCUAUGUGUGCGUGCGUGUGUGUGUGUGUGUGUGUGUGUGUGUCUAAGGACCCCCAUGCCUUGGCUGUCUGGCACACAGCAGGUGAUCAGAAAGAACAGUGGAUUUUGCACUCUACCAAAUCCUAUUCCGAUUCUGUACCUAUUGGGUAAACCUGUAAGGAUGUGCUUUUUCUAGACCACUACUCUACAUCAGAGCCCCUUUGAAGUGCACUUUCCCUCAGCUCCUCUCAAAAAUCUUUUAAAAAAACAAUUUGCACAUAACCAACACCCCUUGUAAGCUAGAAAUGAUGCCAAAAAUGUACCUUUAAUGUAUUCAAAUGAACUGAGAAUCCUACUUUGAGUGGAAAUGUCACAGACAUUGAAAAAAAAAAACAAUAUUCUAGAUUUAC